AGCGUGGGAUGCAUCAUGCGAUUUUGAAUCUGAGCAAGCAAAUAAGAGAUACAGAACCUGAUAUUCUUCCCCUCGAAAGAAAUAUACAAAAUGGCUAUCAAACCAAUUACUGGAAUGCUCCGAAGAGGGCUCGUCCUUGACCUUAGCGUCGCUUUCGGUCUCGGAACCACAUUCGGAUAUGCUUUCUGGUACGGAUACCACGUCCCAGCCGUCCGCAAGCGCGAUGCAUUCUACGCCAAAUUGGAGGAUCAGAGAGCUGCCAAUGCUGCCGCAUAAGGAAUGAGAAUAGACAAAAGGACAUAGAUUGGACUAGGUGUCUCGGUAUGGUGGAUGGUUGAAACAGGCAGAGGUGGAGGGAAGGAAUAUUGCAUGCUGGGAGGCUGGAAUGGGUAGGCAAGCUGUACAUUACCAAUAUCGAUGAUGCUUUGGCAAUGCAUGCAUUUUUUUCUCUUCGGAACUGUGAGAAACUCUUUUGGGAGAGGUAUGUGUUUAUUUGGAGAAAUUAUGUGAUGGGCGGAUGAGACCUUGGAUAUCUUGCAACGAAAAGCAGAAUCUGGGUGCACUGGUUGUCAUGAGAAAUGCAUUGGAUAUUCUUGGCCUAUUUGUUUGUAUGGAGGCAUCGAGAUUGGGAACAUGCGCUUGAAAUAUACGUUGUAUCGAAAUCAAGGUGCUGGGUGGUAAAGCCGUACCAUGCCCUUUUGAUUGAUUACUUCAUUCAAGCAAAGCAAAGGUUUGAUAUUCUUGCCAUCCCCAUGAUAU